AUGGCGAAUGCGCACGCUCAUCCUAUCCCUCCCGCCAUCCCUCACGACCUGUUUACACAGGAAGUGCCUCCGUCGCCGACUUUGACCAAUCCCGACAUGAUAUUGCCAUAUCAGCCCCAUCUUAACUCCAGUCCCAGUCCGCGCGCAUCUUCGCCCAUUCUACACUCUUCCCCCAUAUCCGUCCGUCCAGAUUCUGCGGUGUCACUGGGCUCAUCUCCGGCCGAGCUUGAGCCCGGAGUUGAGCUGGGAAUCGCGACAACAAUUAGAAUGCCCUCGAGGGCCGUUCCUCCUAUAAAUACCAAUUACUAUGGCUACGAACACGGCGCGCCUCUGAGCGAUAUUGGAGAGGAGGAAACCCCAAAGUCGAAGAAAAGUCGGAGGACCGAGAGCCCGCUCAGAUCAGGUCCUCCUUCGCCGUCUCCCGCGGGCCCGAUAACGCUGGCGGCCCGGAGGUUAAGCAAUCAAUCCUGCUCCAGCAAUGGCUCCGAUCUGGGCAGUUGGGAGGACUUCGAUACCUCCAAGAUCAUGAACGAGAGGCUGGCCGCGGAUGUGGCCAAGGUCCCGGAUGAAGACAUUGAGGAGGCUGACAGCAAGAGAAAUAGCAUGAUUACGACAAACGCCGAAGACGAGAUGGCUUUGCUCAACGAACGAGCAGAGAGGAUUCUUGAGCAUGCCAGGAAGCGACUGACACAUAUGGAGGAUAAUCUAAGCAAAGCACGUCACAGUAUCCUUUUGUCGUCGAGGUCCUCGCCGAAUAUAAACGAAUUCCACCAGCCCGCGGGUGGGUUGUACCGCUCAAUCUCUUUGGCCGGUGCAAGUCAGCGAAAACCCAGACCACUUCAUCUUGUUAACAGAAACAACUCAGUGGCCCACGCUAGAGGCGGCAGUGAUACGACGGGCGGUAAUUCUGGGUUAAAGCGCCUUUCCAUAAUCCCCGAAAUCAGGUCUGCAAGCGCCUUGGAAUAUGGACGCCGGCAAGAAUCUCCCCAACAGCUGCUUCAUUCGCCCUCAGCUAGGGGUGGUCCACAUUCGCCGGCAAGUAAUCGCAGCUUCAACUCGCCUUUGCGGGUGUUGAAGGAGGAAGAAAGCCCUCCAAGCACAACCAAGACGACCCCAGAUGCGUCAGCGCCGCGGGGCCUGGGCAUCAAUACCCUGGCAGCCGUGUCGAAAGAAGACAUUUCGGUGGUCACAAGCAGUCCCCCCACAGCUCUUGCUCGAUCUUCAUCGGCCAUGUCAAAUCGGUCUACCAAAGAAAUUCGAGAGCAGAUGUCGAAUCUACAGGCAAAAAUUUCCGACUUGAAGGACAAAGCACAGGCAGACAGCUUGAGGAGAAAAAGUAUGCAGAGCAUAAGAACGCCCAGCCCCUUUGCGAGUGCCCAGAGCCCAGAGCAGUGGUACACGAGUGCCCCAGAGUAUAAAGAGGCAGGCAGCCCGAUUAACACAAAUGCUGGGAUGGGAUGGAGCCCACCCCGACAGAAGAUGCCGCUAGACUUACAUGCCGCACCGGUUACGCCGCAGGCACAAACGCUACUCAACGUCGAACUCCCAGCAACCAAAGAUAGCUUUGUUAGCGAAGCCAGGACAGACAAGAACACUCCAAGUCUUCACAAGUCGAUUCAUCUGCAGCCGGCGCCUCUCGAAAAGCCAAAUUCAUUGGUUCAAGAAUCGCUUUAUGAAGAUGCGGCGCAAGAGUUUGACGAUGACGAACCGAUUGCAGCUUCGGAAGAAGAGCAAAUUUACCUCAAUGAGGUUCUGGAAGAGAGCUUGCAGGACCUCGAGCCCGAUGUACCCGAGAUCCCCGAACAUCUGCUCACUACUGAAGGCGCUGCAGAACGCCAUGAAGACAGGCUAGAUGCUUUCGACUAUGAGAACAUGUUCCUCCAUAGUGCGUUGGGAAAUUACACCGGGACGGGUAUUAGAAGUGAAACUCCUAGUGAGAGUGACUGCAGCAGUGUGACAACGACACGCAUGAACCAAGAUACCCCGACGAUAGACGAAGAUGACGCGGAGACUCAGCUCGAUGAGGAAAUAAUCACAGAAGAAGCCGCAAACACUCCCACCCCAAUUCAGGAGACCUUCCUUAAACCCGGGACUCCGCCCAAUCCCACUCCGCUUGCCACUCCCUCGAAACCUUGGAUGAAAGCCGCACGAAGCAAUAGUGUGGACUCGGUUUCAACUGUCGCCACUUUUGCGACGGCGACAGAAGGGGCAGGCGGUGGCGAAGACGAGGUCGAGGAGAUGCCGACCGAGAUUCUCACAUGGGGCAACGGGACGGGGUUUUCUCAAACACCAAUGAGUCCAAAACGCGGAAAUACAGCUGUCUGGCCGACACCUCCCAUGAGUGGACGGGCUCGACAAGGUCAAAUGAGAUCCCCACAACAGAGUCAGAUGCAAGGGAGUAUCGUUUCUAACGGGAUACCGACCCCUCCUGUCCAUUCACCACAUGCCUCUUUUCCCACCCCAAGAGCCUUCGGGGGUGCGACUAAAACGCCCAAGGAGACGCCAGUUGAUCAUCCCGCAAAUACAGAGAUCCUGAUGGAGAGUCUGAUCAAACUAGCAGACCCCGAAUUCAAGGUUGGCGAAGGACCUGGGUCGGUGACCUUUUCCACCGUCGACAAGGAUCUCGUCCUUGAUCUCUUGCGGGCUGUGGGGGGCGUCUGCAAUGAGAUCCUGAGGUCGGAAAGAAAGCACGAAAUGCGUGCCGCAAAAGUGCUCAGGAGAAGACUGGACGAAUCAAGGAAACUCCUAGAGGGGAGAGCCGACGAGUAG